AUAUAUAUAUAUACAUUCAGUUUGAGUAGUACGCUUCGUUUUGACUGAUUAUUUCGUUGUUAGAGCUAGGCACAAUAUUUUGCUAACUAAAUACCAUGACAUACUGCAAUCAGAACAAUAAUUACAGUGUCCGCUCGCCUGAGAGUUACCUUAACACCCUCAACCACGAGUUUUCGUGCUCAGAGUUAGGAUCAUAUUCGAUCGAUGCUCAAGGGAACUUCUACAACAACGACAAAAGAGAACUGCAUAGUUUGAUUCCUAACUACUAUAGCAAAUACGGCAGUGAUCUGACAGUUGGUUUCGAUCCAUCGCUCCAACUAAGUCAUAGUAAUCUCGAUAGACCGCUUGAUUCUUUCCUGCUUUGGAUUCUUUUAAACAAGGAURAGAUAUCAAGUGAAAGACAAGGCAGGGGUCAAGCGAAAAAAUUGGAUGCCGAGUUUGUUUUCACUCGAGCAACAAUGAAACUGCUUCUUGCCACUGUGUUUAACACUGGAAGCUAUAAACAGCCAUGGAAAAUGUACGCUAUCAAGUACAACGGUACAAUCUACAUCAGUAACAAGGAGAACAUAAUCGAGGCGGUAGGACCCCCACGAGAACCUAAACUGUUCUGUCGUGACCGAGUUGAAGAAAUGAAGAAGAUUAGCUACAUGGGACCAAAGUUUGAAAAGUUGAUAUCAGAGCCCUGUGAAUCGCAAGGCAAGCGGGCUGAUCGAAAAGUCGACGGAAGACAAGGAUUCUAUAGCGUUAGAAGAGGCAGAAUUGGUGGCCGCCAUCUUGUGCUGACCAGAGCUGAAGUGGAUUUUGUUGAAAAUGGCGAAUACAGGGAGUGCAAGCUUUGCCUCGAGUACACGGGCCGAGAUGAAUGGAAGUUCCCAAUGUAUAAGCUCCGUGAUUGGUGGUAUCAUAUGUUUGCCGGGGAUAUGAAACAGGUCAUAUACGGCAUCCGGGAUGGCCCGACGUUGAAGCAAGUGUCUCGGGUCACGCAGAGCGAGAUCCCGUACCAAGUGAAGAAUCCUAGAAUGUCAUGUCCACCCGCUAUUCAAUCAGCCCUCASAAGUUGGAAUCCAAUGGCGAGUGUAGGAUUCGUAGAUGACUUCUUGCAGUGGUUGAAAGGAGUAGUGGUUGAGGAUAGCUAUGGAUUGGAUGGAGGUCGUGCGGUGCAGUAUGUACUAGAAUGGGGAAAAUUUUCGCCAUCUAUUGGUUACUCCCGUGAAGAGGUGCGCAUGUCUAAUUUCGUUCUUCUACCUGAUUGGUACAUCAGAGAAAUGUCUGCUUUCUUUGGCUAAGUCGGGUUUAUAUUCACACUUGGCGCACUACACCGCACUUCAGUAUUCUUCAGUAAAAAGUAUUGAUGAAAUAUUGAAAUAUGAUAAAUUCGUCAGUCAUUUUAGUUUUUGUGGUAGUUAUACUAGCAAACAAAGGUUCCUAUUAGUGCUUUGACAGAUACUGACCGACAAUAGAGGAUUUGCACCAUCAUAUGCCACGCAAAUAAUAUACAGCUUGGGCUAACUGUGGUUGGAUGCCGGGCAGAACAAUAAAAUCCCUGUGAGCUCUCGGGAUUUGAAUUCUUUCUUAUGUAAAACGAUUGUAUCGUUCCUGCCACUUAACAUGGCUGCCGUAACGUGAUGGUGCGAAACCUCUAUUAUUUUAUAUUUCGAUUACCCUAAUGUUUGGGGUUUAAAAUCAAACUAUUUCAAACGUAAUAUUCAGAUUCGUACUUAUAUAAAUCCUUAAAAUUAUUAGUUUCUUAAGUUCUUUUAUGAUUUUUACGUUUUAAAGUAUUCAAUUAAUAACAAUAAUAAUAACUGUUUUUAUUACUAUUACUGUUAUUAUCAUUUUAAUAACACAGUUUAACUAAUAAUUGAUUUCACUGCCCAUAUAGAAUAAGAGUCCCAGUGUAUAUACCAUAAUUACCUAUCAUAUCUAUAAUUUACUGAUAUUACCUGUAUUUGUCUCUUAUAUUUUUCUUUAAUUUAGUUUAGUAAACUUAAACUUAAAUGCU